GUAGUUCGGUCCUCCGGACGCACCGUUCGUGUACUGAUGCUGUUUGUGUUUGACAGGAGCGAGGAGCCGAACGAGAGGCCCUGCACACUGGAACAAUGCCCUUCCUUCAUUCAGAGGACAGUAACAUGGAAAUGAGUUAAGAAUGGAAUGUUUUCAGUUUGGAUCAGAUAAAAUGGGAAAGCCAAGACUUUUUCGCAUCUUCCUGAUUCUCGGCUCCCUUUUCAUGAUCCUGCUGAUAAUCAUAUAUUGGGAUGAUGUUGGAGCCACGCAUUUUUACUUGCACACCACAAUAUCUGGACCUCAGUCUUCUCGACUUCCUCCUGAAUCUCUUUCCAGCCUCAGACACAAAGCAGAUGAUGAUAAAGGGAACGUCUUCUUGUCAGACAUUGAUGCUUUCAUUAACCAGUUUUUGGAGGGCACUACAGAGCCCGUUGAACAAAGGAGGGAGGAGGGACCCACCUCUCAGAACCAGUCUGGUGAGGUGGGGAAAGCAGAGGAAAAGUAUGUGCCGAGACGUGAGUGGAAGAUCCACCUCACUCCCAUUGCAGCAGAGCUGAGGCAAAGGCAAGAGGAUCGGAAGAAGAUGGUGCAUGACUUUUGCAGUAGUGACAGCACACUGGACUUCCCUGGCAAAAACAGGACUUUUGAUGACAUCCCAAAUAAGGAGUUAGACCACCUGAUUGUGGAUGAUCGCCAUGGCAUCAUUUACUGCUACGUGCCCAAGGUGGCCUGCACUAACUGGAAGCGUGUCAUGAUUGUGCUGAGUGAGAGCCUCCUGAUAGAUGGUGUUCCAUACCAGGACCCUAUGGAUGUUCCUCAGCAGCACAUCCAUAAUGCCAGUCUCCACUUCACCUUCAACAAGUUUUGGAAGCGCUACGGUAAGUUCUCUCGUCACUUGAUGAAAGUCAAGCUGAAGAAGUAUACUAAGUUCCUGUUUGUCAGAGACCCAUUUGUCCGGCUCAUUUCAGCCUACCGGAACAAGUUUGAGCAGGAGAACGAGGAUUUCUACCGCCAGUUUGCCGUUGUCAUGCUAAAACGCUAUGGCAAUUACUCGGACCCCCCUACAUCAGUUGUUGAUGCCUUUUCUGCUGGGAUCCGUCCAUCCUUCUCAAACUUCAUUCAGUACUUGCUUGACCCUCAGACAGAGAAGGAGAUGCCAUUCAAUGAACACUGGCGCCAAGUGUAUCGUUUAUGUCAUCCUUGCCAAAUUAACUAUGAUUUUGUUGGCAAGUUGGAGACCCUGGAUGAGGAUGCUGAGCACCUCCUGCGGAUUCUCCGCGUUGACAACAUCGUCCAGUUUCCUGCAAGCAAUCGUAACAGAACAGUAAGCAGCUGGGAGUGGGACUGGUUCGCCAGCAUCCCGCACAAGUGGCGGCAGGAGCUGUACAGGCUAUAUGAAGCGGACUUCAAGCUGUUUGGCUACCCGAAACCUGAAAAACUAUUACACAAGUAGUAUCUUUGCCUCUUAAGAUGUUAUUUUCCUAAAAGAUCUUAGCCAAGGGAAAGUCAUUUUUUUCCAGAAGAAAAGGAACACAAAAAAAACACAUUUCACUUUAAUUGGUAUUUUAGACAGUCGUUUUGGUAUUUUGACUAUUUAUUCAGUAAUGUGCUACCCUCGUGCUGGUUUUCUAUGGGGUACAGUGCAAUUAAAGUUGAAUUAUAGCAGUUUUUUUAAAUUAAAUAUGACCUGCAGUUGUCAGAUUAAUUCAUGUUGCAAGAGUGGGUAGGGAGUUUUGAGUAUGUACUGAGGAGGAAGGUGGCAUUGGGUAUUUUUACCAGAGUAAAUGGAUAAAUAUUCAAAAGAAUUCUAAAUUGCAUAAAACAUUUUUAUCCAGUAAAGGUGUUUUGUUAAUUCUCACCAAUAUAAUUCAUUUUAAGUUGUAGGGUCAGAAGGAGUCAUUAACAUGUCUUUGUUAAAAUGAUAUGCAAUAUUUUCAUUACAAAGGGAAUUAAAAAAAAAAAAAAAA